UAUCGGUUCCGGAUCCAGCAACCUCGCCUGACCGACCUCUCCGUCUCCGCACCGCCAUCAUCUCGCCGGGUCGCCGGAACUCUAGCCGCCGCCACUGCUGCCGCGGCUAGUGCGAUCCCCCCGGUAUGAGUAGCAACCGCAAAAACUUCCGCCGCCGCGCAGACGACGCUGAAGAAGCCAACGGCGACGGGGGCAGCCACCACAAUCCCACCACCGCCUCGAAGACUCAAACCCUAACGGUGCCCAAGCCCAAGUCGCCGCCGAGACGCCAGGGGGCGAGCCGCCUCAGCUUCGCCGACGACGAGGACGAGGAUGACGCCGAGGAGGGCCCGUUCGCACAGCGCCGCCGCCCGACGGCGUCGGUGCGCCCGGCCCGCACGUUCUCUCCUGCUGCGGCGUCGCUCCACCGCUUGACGCCAGCCAGGGCGCGGCUGAAGAGCUCGCCGGCGGCCGACUUCGCGGCGGUGUCGGCGCCGAAGCCGUCCAACUUCCAGUCCCAUGCUGGGGAGUACACCCCGGAGCGCCUCCGGGAGCUCCAGAAGAACGCCCGUCCGCUCCCUGGAAGCCUCAUGCGGGGGCCACCGCCAACUCCGGCGACCGAGCCCCGAUCUCAGAGGUUGGCUGGAGGCCCUGCUGGUUCCACUCCUGCUACCACCACCGCAGCUGCCACAGAACCAGUGGUUAUUCUCAAAGGUCUGGUGAAACCCAUGGCAGAGGCAAGCAUUGGGCCAAGGAAACCACUGCAGAAGGAGGUGGAAGGUGUGUCCGAGGAAGAGGAGGAAGGAGAUGACGAGGAGGAAGGGCCUGCCAUACCUGACCGUGCGACCAUUGAAGCCAUCUUGGCAAAGCGGCAGCAGCUGCAGCAGCCAAGGCAUGCUGCGCCGGAUUACAUCUCACUUGAUGGUGGUGGUGUGCUCAGCAGCCGGGAUGCUGGCGGUGAGUCCAGUGAUGAGGAGGACAAUGAGACGGGUGGUCGGGUUGCAAUGUACAGUGAUAAGUCAAGCGAUGGCCUCAGGAACACUAAAGGUGUGUUUGGGGGGAUCAAUAACAGGGGUCCUGCUGCCAGUUUGGGGGCUCUCAAUGAUGGGAUCAGGGAGGUUGAGGAUGACAGGGGUGAUGAUGAUGACGAGGAAGAGAGGAAGUGGGAGGAGGAGCAGUUCAGGAAGGGGCUUGGUAGGAGGAUGGAUGAUGCUUCUGCUCAGAGAUCAGCAAAUGGUGCACCAGCUCCUGCGCAGGUUCUGCCGCAGCCAUUUGGACACUCGGUGGGUUCCCAUUACCAGCCCUCCUCUAGCGGCGCUUUGCCUGCAGUAUCUGUUUUUGCAUCAGGGAUUGCUGAGUUCUUGUCCAUCGCUCAACAAGCUGAUGUUGCAAACAAAGCCCUGCAAGAGAACAUUAGAAAGCUUAGGGAGACUCACAAGGCAACAGUGGGUGCUUUUGUUAAGACCGACACACAUCUUAACGAAGCUCUUUCAGAAAUAUCUAGCCUGGAGAACGGUUUGCAGGAUGCAGAAAAGAAGUUUGUCUACAUGCAGGAACUCCGCAAUUAUAUUUCCGUGAUGUGCAAUUUCUUGAAUGAUAAGGCUUUUUAUAUAGAGGAGUUGGAGGAGCACAUGCAGAAAUUGCACGAAAAUCAAGCUUCAGCUAUUUCUGAAAGGCGUGCAGCUGACCUAGCUGAUGAAUCAGGUGUGAUUGAAGCUGCUGUAAAUGCAGCAGUAGCUAUUCUUAGCAAAGGAUCAAGCUCAACUUACCUGUCUGCUGCGUCAAAUGCUGCACAAGCAGCAGCCGCUACAGCUAGGGAAAGUUCAAACCUCCCACCCGAGCUGGAUGAGUUUGGCAGAGAUAUCAAUCUCCAGAAGCGAAUGGAUCUUAAGCGCAGGGAAGAGAACAGGAGUCGAAGGAAAGCCCGGUCAGAGUCCAAGAGAUUGGCAUCGUCAGGGAAGAAUGAUAACAUCGAACAGAUUGAAGGAGAGCUAAGCACUGAUGAAAGUGACAGUGAGAGCACUGCUUAUGUUUCCAGCCGGGAUGAGUUGCUCAAGACUGCUGACCUUGUGUUCAGUGAUGCUGCAGAGGAGUACUCAAGCCUUAGAAUUGUCAAGGACAAGUUUGAAGGAUGGAAAACUCAGUACCCUUCGGCGUACCAAGAUGCUCAUGUAGCUCUGAGUGCACCGUCUGUGUUCACCCCUUAUGUAAGACUGGAGCUUCUGAAAUGGGAUCCCCUCCAUGAAACAACCGAUUUCUUCGACAUGAAUUGGUGCAAUGUUCUUUUCGAUUAUGGUGUGAAAAAUGAUGGGAGUGACGCAGAUCCUAAUGAUGCAGAUGUGAACCUUAUUCCAGUUUUAGUUGAAAAGGUGGCUCUUCCUAUUUUGCACCACCGCAUUGAGCACUGUUGGGACAUGUUGAGUACUCAAAGGACCAAAAAUGCUGUAGAUGCUAUUACUAUGGUGAUCAGUUAUUUACCAACCUCAAGCAAGGGUUUACAUCAACUACUGGCUUCUGUGAAUAGUCGUCUAGCCAAGGCCAUUGCUGAUCUUUCAGUACCAGCCUGGGGAUCAAUGGUGACAAGGACUGUUCCAGGUGCUGCUCAAUAUGCUGCAUAUAGAUUUGGAGUUGCAACACGUCUGCUUAGGAAUGUGUGUCUGUGGAAAGACAUCUUUGCUAAAUCUGUUUUUGAGAAGCUUGCUUUAGAAGAACUACUGUGCGGGAAUAUUCUUCCCCAUAUGAAGAGUAUCGUUCUGGAUGUUCAUGAUGCAACUACUAGGGCUGAGCGAAUAGUUGCCUCACUUUCAGAAGUUUCGUCUUCACAAAGUCAAAAGCUGCAGCCUUUUGUACAUCUGGUGGUUGAGUUAGGAACCAAGUUGGAAAGGAGACACACUUCAGGCAUAAGCGAGGAAGAGACACGUGGUCUGGCUCGUCGUUUGAAGAACAUAUUGGUAGCACUGAAUGAGUAUGAUAAAGCUAGAGCUAUUUUGAAGACCUUUCAGCUCAGAGAAGCCCUUUAGCUCUUCCUGGAUGUAGUACGAGAAUUCCAGUUUUGCCAGCAACAAAGGUUCUAAAUCCUUCCAAUCUACGAUGUUGUUGUAACUUCUGGUUAUCUGUACAUCAAUUGAUCAGGAGUUCCUAGUCCAGUUCUGCAUGAUGCUAUCAAAGAAUUAAUGCUUUGUGUU